AUGCCUCCAAGGGCCAUAAGGUACGAGGUCAACGACAAGGUGCUCUGCAAGCAUGGAUUGUUCUUCUAUGAAGCAAAAAUAACCGAUGUCGAAGAAGAGCAUGGUGAAAUGGUGUAUACAGUACAUUACCAGGGUUGGCAUAAAAGAUACGACGAGCGAAUUCAUCAGUCAAAAUGCCCUGAAAUGUUCCUGCCGUUGACCGAAGCGAAUAUCGCCAAAGCGAAAGCAGACAUACAAGAGGCAAGUGCUGCUAAGACGAAACGGAAGAAACAGAAGUUAGAAGACGAUGACGCACGAAAGAGCGAAAAUGGAAGUCGUGCAUCAACACCAAGUGAUCGUGCAGGUACUCAUUUCCACUACUUUAGUUCGUAG